GAACAGUUGAGGUUGAACUUGCUUGCAACGUUAUUCCUACACAGUACACCGUGGAGACGGUUAGGUCUAUUUUAUGAUACCAGAUAAUGUUGAGUUAAAGCUUCCGAAUCUUUGAACUUGAAAGAAUAAAUAAUAGCUGUGGAUGUGGUUAAACGACGCUUUCGUGUUCUAACUCUAAUUAUUCCUGUCUAUGUAUUCGCGCUGAAAGCAUAAGCGUAAAUAAAACUUGUCGUUGUCCGAUGACGACAUAAAUAUUAUCAUUAUUGAUAAACCGAACUGUCAGCGAUUUUUCGUUCCUUUUAUUAAUUAAAAAGUGAUGGGAAUCGACGGUAUGAGGGUUGGCGGUGGUCGCUGCCCUCCACUUAUCGUUGGGGGACUUCUUUUGGCAUGUUUUUUACUAGUUUGCAACUGGUGGAGCUUGUCUACUGAGAACACUGAACUUUUAAGACAAAUCGACGAACUCAGCCAGCAUCUCAAAAUAAGUGCAGAGGAGAGAGACCAAUGCGUAACUCUACGAAGUAAACUUGAGCAGCGUUAUAAGAAAACUGAAGAUGAUGUUGCUAGGCUACAUGUGCAGCUUGAAGAAGAAAAGGAAUCACAGAAAACUAAGGAAGAAGCUGUUACAAUGUGCAGAAGUGAACUUGACUCACUAAAUAAACUUGAUGUCACAAGAACUGCAACUUUAGAUACUCUGCGGUUAGAGAAAGAAACGAUUAAUGGACAGCUGGAGGAGAAGAAGGAAGAGAACAAGAGACUACAGAGAGAAUUAGAAAAAGUACAAGAAGAACUUAACCAGCUCAAACUUACCAUCAAUGCACCUGGAAGUAACCACAAGGCUUCGCCAGCUGAAGCACUACCAGUAGUUGUGCCGAGAACCGUGAAUCAGACAGAUCCGCAAUUGGCUCCAGUUCCUGUGUCGGCGGUCAAGGUAUCAGCGUUGGGUCAGCAAGGCUUGAGGUUCCACGGUAUUCCGAUUCUUCCUCUAGAUCCACCAGACGCCGAGCAUUUACUUCCUGCGCUCUCAGUAACUAUGUUAGAAGACGACGCAGUGGUGGAUAAUGGAACAGUGCCUGGUGGCGAUCAAGAGACACAGAAUGCAUUAGAUGCGGCUCCCAACAAUGAUAAUAACGAUGGAAUCGGUGGAGAAAUCUCUGACAAUCCUGAAGACGAAGAAGUAGCAGCUCAAGAUGGCAUCAAAAACCAGGGAAUGAAGUCACCCACAGAUACAGAGCGAAUAUAAUGAAGAAAUCUGUCUUCAUGGGAUUAGGUACUUCUUCAAUCAAUGGUAGCCAUAUUAUAGUAUGUAUCUAUAAUACUUUGUGUAAUUAUGAUUCAUUUUCAAGUCGAGUUUUAAGCACAGUCACACAUCACCCUUAGAAAGUGACCAGUCUCAAUACAGGCGCCCUCAUGGCACUCCCUUAUUUGUUAAUAGAAUUAAAAGUCUAUAAUCUUGCAUCUAUCAUUCCUAAGGCUAGUUUUCCUACUGGAUGAAGAAAUCUAUUCCAAAUUAAUGUUAAUAAGGAGGUUUAAUCUGACUUAUUGUUAGUUAUUAAUUCUACGUAAGGAAUGUGAGAGUAUGGCGUAUAUGAUGUGGGAUUUAAACAAUGAAAUAUGAAUGACAAAGUCUCGAAUGAAAUUACCAUCUUUAGAAGUAUUGUUAUUUCAGAGUAAUCUACUUCAUUGGAGAUGACCAUUUUAUAUAAUGCCAUAGUAACAAUGUUGAUAUUAAUUAUGUAUUUUACCAAAUUUUCCUUUAAUCAGUUGUUCAAGUUUUUGUAUAUAUUCGAAUUAUACAUUAUACACAACGCAAGUAAUUGUGAUUAACCAUUGAGCAAUAUAAUAAUGCUACAUUCUACUCAACGAGUUUGCUAAAUAAGAAAAGAGACUAAUCAACGAAAGGAUGAAUUCUUUAAGCUGAAUAAGGAAUUAUUCAAUGUGAGAACUGGAAAAUAAAUAUCAUCUAUCAACCGGC